UGUGUGUGUGAUAUUUUGCUUGAUUUCGCCAAGUCAUUGCCUUUUUCAAUUGUCAACUUGGAUUCAUUUUGUUUUUUGAUUUGAAAAAAUUGUAUUAAAAUUAUUACUGUCACCGUCAAACCGUUAAACGAAACAUUCAACAAUUAUGUCAUCUAAAAUUUUGCCCGACAUACCUACUGGUGGAUUUAAUUUUGAAAAUUUUCAAAGAAAUGAAUAUUUGAAAGAAAAAGGUUAUCCAAUUCCUAAAGUACAAAAGACUGGUACAACUAUUGCCGGUAUUAUUUUCAAAGAUGGUGUUAUAUUGGGUGCCGAUACUCGUGCAACAUCUGGUUCAGUUGUUGCCGAUAAAAAUUGUACAAAAAUUCAUUAUCUGGCUAAAAAUAUGUAUUGUUGUGGUGCAGGUACUGCUGCCGAUACUGAUGCCGUUACACGAAUGAUUAGUUCACAAUUAGAAUUAUUACGUUUGAAUACAGGCAAACAGGUACCGGUUUGUGUUGCAAAUCGUUUAUUAAAACAAUAUCUUUAUCGAUAUCAAGGUUAUGUUGGUGCUGCUUUAGUUUUGGGCGGUGUUGAUAAAUUUGGUCCACGUCUUUAUUCAGUUGCACCGCAUGGUUCAACCGAUAAAUUACCCUAUGCAACAAUGGGUUCUGGUUCGUUAGCAGCAAUGGCUGUAUUUGAAACACGUUGGAAGCCAGAUUUAAGCUUGGAAGAUGGUAAAAAACUUGUUCGCGAUGCAAUUGCAGCCGGUAUUUUCAAUGAUCUUGGUUCGGGUAGUAAUAUUGAUUUGUGUAUCAUAACCAAACAAGAUGUACAAUAUUUGCGACCAUAUGAUGAAGCUAAUCUUAAGGGAAAACGGCAAGGAACAUAUCAAUAUGCUCGAAAUACAACAGCCAUUAUUGGACAGCCACGAAUCAUACCGAUCGAAGUUGAAUCCGAACAAACAAUAACAAUUGGUGAAGAAUCAAUGGAUACAUCAUCAUAGCCUUCUUAUUUUUAUUUGUUCUGAUUAAUUCAAUUCCUUCAGUUGAGAUUGAGCAAUUGAAUGGAAUCAGAAAAUCUAAUAAUGAUAAUAAAUACGAUAUGGGCCACCAAAAAAAAAA